AUGGACUCUGAGCCACUGAGGAAUACAGAAAUUUUAUUGUCACACAUCUAUAAUGCAAUUGCCGAACAUAGAAGCUCACAACUUAUCGCACUCUUAUAUGAUCGCAUUUUGCGUCUCUCUGGAAGGUCUUCAUUAACAAGGUAUCAGGUUGAAGCUUUCUUCAAUAUGCUCGAAUUGCCCAGCGCAAACAUACCUGAAUCAUUGAACUGUAAUGAACUGUGCGAAUUGGUCGAAAAAAGUUUCGAUGAUAAUUAUGGAGACAUCACAAGUGGUGGGCAUAUAUUUCAAUAUAAAGAUAAUCGUCUGAAAGUGGCCAAAAAAUGUGUUGGAAACGACGAGGCAAAUUUUGACGAGCUGAAGAUUCUUAGCACAUUAAACACUUUACGAAAAAACAUGAAGUGUUGCACAAACUCACUCAGAUUCAUUCGAGAAGAAAAUUUGAUUCGUACAGUCCUGAGACAAGAACGAGCAAUUAAAAAACUGAAAAAUAAAUUGGCAGAAGCCGAACGAACAGCCGAUCUGCUCGCAGCCGAAUAUUUUGCAGAGAGGUGUAAAGUGUCAUUGCUAAAUGAAAACUCGGAAUGCGAUUCUGGAUGCAAUACUGAGCGUAGCGCAUCGCCAAACAGUUCAACAUCGAAAGGAGUGAUUAUGAAUAGAAAGAGAAUGACUAAUCGAACAACUGAUGAAUGUGCUUGUAAUGGUGCAGAGAGAAUAUUUGUCGGUAAAGGUGAAAAAAACAAUGAUCUCGGCAGCUACAGACAAAUAGCAACAUCACCACAUUCAGUGAGUAUAAUGUGGAUGUGUAAUCCAUCAACAUCGUUCAUACCAUCGAAUAGAAUACUUGAAUGUGAUUCAUUGAAGAAUCCAGGUGAAUCAACAAAGGAGAAUGGCGAUUUAUUUAGCAGCAAGCAUAUCAUCGAUUAUGUUUGCUGCAGUGUGGCGCUGCAACGAAGGAGCAUACCGAACAAUACUCAACCACAUCCAACUGUAACCCAACAAACGAACCCAUCAGCUAACAAUCAUCAAACACGAACAUCUCCGCAACCAAUCUGUCGCAGUGAAUGCGUGGCUGUUGAUGUGACCGCAUGUCGUAAAUCCUCAACCCAAACUGUUCGUUGGAUUCAAAAACAAAACUCUUCGAUAACUGUGUGCGUGAAACGAUCGAUGAAUCGUCGUAAACGAAUACAACUUCAACGACUUGAACUGAAUUCAAAUUAUAAUUUGUUUGAUCCGAGUAUUCACUUCGAUUAUAAGCGACUUAAAAUGAAAAGAAUUAUAGAAUAUAAAAUACCAUUGUUAUGCAAAAUAAACUGA